AUGGUCGAUGCUUUCGUCGGAACUUGGAAGCUCAUUGAAAGCGAGAAUUUCGAUGCGUACAUGAAAGCUAGUGGAAAUUGGUGCAAUGUCUGUAUUUUGGCAGGUGUGAGUUUCGCAACCAGACAGGUCGGGAAUGUCACGAAACCCACGAUUGUCAUCAGCAAAGAGGGGGAUACGGUGACGCUGAAGACCCUGAGCACCUUUAAGAACACCGAAAUCAGUUUCAAACUGGGAGAGGAGUUCGACGAAACCACAGCAGAUGACCGAAAUUGCAAAACGACGAUACAGUUGGAGGGUGAGAAACUCGUUCAUGUUCAGAAAUGGGAUGGAAAGGAAACAAGUUUUGUCAGAGAGAUUAAAGAUGGGAAAAUGAUUAUGACCCUAACAUACGGCGAUGCCGUUGCGGUUCGUACCUACGAGAAGGCAUAA